AUGUUUUAUUACGAGCGCGGUUUGUCAUAUCGGGCCGGCGUCAUUCCCGCCGGAAAUUGGGAGCGCAACACGACGACGAAUCCCGUCAAAGUCUACCCACACUGGCGCAUUUACCGCUGCGGCAUUGCCGGUUCCGUGUGCAGUCUCGCAGCUCGCAGUGUCGCAGAACUGCAGGUGUCUGGUGUCCGAGUGUCAUACACCAAGCGACCUUUCGACACGAGUCUCACCCUCAGUGUUCACGGACUGCUGCUGGUGGACGCUCUCCAGACCUUUGGUCCUGACUUUGAGCUCCUCGUUGCUAGCCACAAACAUGUUGGAAUGGACAGUGUCAGUGGAAGUCUACGAGACAGUGAACCGACAUCUCCCACUUCUCCUGGCUCUCCGGACCCGCUGUAUAGCCGCAACUUGCGAGGAUUCCCCAUCACCUCCCCUUCGGCCAUCACCACAGCGCUGUCUACGCUUUCUACUGACCAGAGCAGAGUCAAGUCACCUUUAGGGUUCUGUCCCUCCUCCCCCCCGACUGGCCCCUGGCCACCCCUGGUACCCCUGGAGGUGCCCAGCACUGAGGCACUCAUCACUAUAGAGCUGGUGUCUGUCAGCGCAGACUGUCCCACUAACACUGACGCCAGGGAACAGCUGCAAAUCGCCAAUAUACAGUUCAACAAUCUGGAUAUCAUUGCCAACCAGGAGACAAUUGUGGAACUGAUUGGGUUUGUUAAAAGAGUAUUUCCAAGCAAACCGGUUCAUCACAAACCUCCUGUACUUCUGACACCAGAAGAUGAAGUGGACAGUUUAUCAUCAGAGCCGGUCAGCCGACGGCCGAGUUUUGUUCCACCUCCAAGCACUCGUACGCAGCUCACCUUUGACUUCCACCGCCUCAACAUUCUGCUGUUGCGGGCCGUUUUGAAGGACAAUGUUCUCGUUGGCCGCAAGAUCGCUACUGUUACUCUCAGUCAUGCCAAGAUUAAUGCCUCAGUUGGGUCAGAGCUGCUGGUGGAGGGCUCAUUGGGUGGACUUCAGGUGCUGGAUCUGACAGCAGAAGGUCACACACAUCAGCGUAUUCUCAGUCUGGGGCAAGACCCUCUGACGGAGAACAUGGACCUGAUGGCGUGUCUCAGUGCUGACCUAUAUACCAUGGCAGGCACACCCUCGUACACACCUUCACGCCGACAGGAGAAAGAGGCCUUUAGUUUCACACUCCAGAGGAAACUACAUUCCGAUUCUGAUAGUGCUGCUAUAUCCAUCAGGUUUGCAUCUGUGUGGUACACUCACUCCCCCCACCUAUUGCUGGAGCUGCAGUCUUGCGCCAAAGAGUUCAAGCAGUACUUGGCUAACUUGGCACGUUCCAUUGGCUCAGCAGCUACGGAGAUGGCUAUUGGACUCGUUCAUGCCAGGGCCGAACAGUUGGCUCAGUCGCUGUCAAUGAGCAGUCGACUGUAUGGGUCUGCGACGGAUAUUGCUUCGACCCCGCGAAAGCGACGCCGCAGCAGUCUGUCUCAGUCCCUGGAGAUGCUGGACUCAGGCCAGGUCACCAAUACUCGGGGUACAGUCACACCGUUCAGUCCCACUGAGGACCCUCUACUGCGCACUCGGAUACAGUGGGAUGUGAUCCUGGACACGCCGGUGGUGGUGUUACCGCGAGCGCCCAACAGCACCCAAGUGUUAGUGGCUCACCUGGGCCGUAUGUCACUCACCAACAAUCAGCCCGAACCCUUGAGCUCAUGGCUAUACGACUCCGAUGUCUGUGACCAUUACGAUAUAGAGAUACGUGACAUGAAUGUGUACACUCUGGAUAUACAGAAACAUCUGGCCGAAGGCCCAAUGAUGCAGAGAGUGGGAGAAGUUGUACAGUUUGUGCGGACCAGGUGCGAGCGAGUGUAA